AUAUGAAGAAAAUCAAUUUUGUAAUAAUAUAUCUCGAUAUUUAUCAUGAAAGAUGCCUGGCAUUGAACAAAGAUUAGAAAAUUAUGAUUUAAUUCCAUUAUUUGGUUAUGAUCUUAUAAAACAUUGUUCAAAAAGAAAAGGUACAUUAGUUGCUUAUCCAAUUGAAAUAUGUAUUCGUCUAUUAGAAAAUAGUUUAAAUGAAGAAGGUCUUUUUCGUAUUGCACCAUGA